AUGGAUCCCCUGGCGAGGCCGGCCAGAGGUGAGAACUUCAGAGGCGUUACCGAUCUCUGCCUUCAGUCAGCUGGCGAAUACGGUGGCGGUGUCCGGAGCUGCUCCCUGCUGUCCUCCCGGAGAGAGCUGGGUACCGCUCGCCUCGGGCUCGCCGGCUUUCCCUGCGUGAAAGACUUGCACGUGUGGAGCGAGGCUCUCGUUGCCCGCGACUUGGACACCUACCUUUUCCCGGUGAAGGAGGAAAGCAGCUGCUGCCUCUACGGGACGGUGACCGGGCGGAAAGUGGCACAACCGGAAGACACUGUUCCCGGUUACUCCUGUGUUGCCGAAGCCUAUUCGCCAGACUGUCCUGCUAGCCCAGGCAUUAACACCAGGACCAUUGACAAGUCAACACCGCCGGGUGGUGAAGGAGGAGGCGAUGGCGAUAGAGGAGACGGGGAGCUCGGAAAGGAGGAAAUCCGCACAACCACCGGCGCUGAAGACGAGAAUAGAGAGCGGCGGGAUGGCGAGGGCGAUUCCAAGGGCGGCGGGGCACCAGAGGCGGCGCAGGAAAGGAAGCGAGCCAGCGGAGCGGCGAAGGAAUCAGAGUUAAGUUCCGACGCUUUGGAAAACGAAAUUGAAGAAGAUGUCACUGGAAGAAAUCACGCCUGCAGCUGGCUGACGGCUAAAAGCAGGCGUAAGAAACGUUGCCCUUACUCCAAACACCAAACUCUGGAACUGGAAAAAGAAUUCCUCUUUAACAUGUACCUGACUCGCGAACGCCGCCUGGAGAUAAGCAAGAGUAUUAACCUCACCGACCGGCAAGUCAAGAUCUGGUUUCAGAACCGCCGGAUGAAGUUAAAGAAAAUAAGUCGGGAGAGUCGAAUCAGUGAACUUGCCAACAACCUUACCAUCUCUUGA